UGUUUACAAGUAGUAGUGCAGCAAUGAGUGAUGUUUAAAAAUGCCUCGUGACAUUGCAGGGGACUACUGGAGCCGGCUGUUGACGGUGAUCUUCACCUCGUACCUGCAGUUCCUGAUAUGGGCCCUGCCGAUGGCUGGUCUCGCCUCGUUUGCCAGAGAUUGGGCGCCAUCGCCUGACUUCUGGCAGGAAAAAUGGACGUCGGUGCUGGACGCGUUUGGCCACAACCAGCGCGUGCUGUUCGGCAUGAUGCCGUCGGUGGUGUCCGGCGUCGUCUACUGGACGGUCAGCGGCCUCUUUAUGCUGAUCGAUUUCUCAGGCUUGCUGGCGGCGUACAAAGUGCAGCCGGGCACCAACCAGCCGCCCAGCGCGCCCAGACUGAGCAACGCCGCCAGGGUGGUUUUCGUCAACCAAAUCGUCGGGUUCGUCUUCGGUAUCGUGGCAUUCGAGUUCGGACGCUGGCUCAACGGAAAGGAGGUAGACCCUGAGAUCGUCGCAGUCCUGCCCUCCAUCUCCACCAUGCUGCAGCAUCUUAUGCUCACCUUCGCUUUCAGGGAAAUCUUUUUCUACUACAGCCACAGGUUGUUGCACCACCGUCUAUUUUACAAGCGGUUCCACAAGCAACACCACGAGUGGACGGCGCCAAUCGCGCUGAUCGCGGCCUACUGCCACCCCCUGGAGCACAUUGUGUCCAACGUGCUGCCGGUGGCGAUCGGUCCAGUGGUGCUCAAGUCGCACCCGCUCAUCAGCUGGUCGUGGUUCGUCCUGGUCACCUGCUGGACGCUGACCGUACACUCGGGCUACCACCUGCCGCUCGCGCCCUGCCCUGAGUUCCACGAUUUCCACCACCAGAUGAGCAAUCAAAACUACGGAGUGGUGGGAAUUCUGGACGCCCUCCAUAAAACCGACCUGCAGUGGAGAAACACGCAGUCUUUUGACAGGAGUUUCAUACUUUUCGGCCUGAGACCGUCUCGACAAGUGCUUGACAGGACCCGCAUCAAGAAGCAGUGAAAAUUCCUAAGCACAAAAUAAUUUAUACUUUUCUACGCAACGCAUACUCCUCGUAAUAAUAAUAAUAAGGUAUUUUAGCAAAAGCAAUAAAAAGAACAUUGGUUUCUUACCUUGCUAAUGGACUUAAAUCUUAAAUGUAAUCUGGAAUAUAUUUUUAAUAAAAAAAAGGACAGUU